AUGGGGAAGAUCAAGGUCUUCCCGACCCCAGACUACAAGAGCAAGCAACCCCACGACCCCGCGGUACCCCAACUGCCGUCAACCGGCAUUUUGCUAGGACCGUCGAAAUCAGGCAAGACGGUGGCCUUGAUCUCCAUGAUUCUUGAACAGUACAAGGGCUGCUUUGAGCGCAUCUAUGUUUUCUCGCCAAGCAUCAGUGUGGACGACGGUUGGAAGCCCGUCAAGCAAUAUAUCGAGGAAACCAUGAAGGUGAACACAGACCGGGAGCAGGUCUACUUCGAGAACUGGGACGAGGCGGCCCUGCGCCGCAUCAUAGACCAGCAGCGCAAGAUCACCCAAGUCAGCAAGCAAAUGAAGAUGAAGCAGCUGUACCAGAUCUUGAUUCUCAUUGACGACUUUGCGGAUAGCCCCAACCUGCACAAGAGAACUGGUGACUCAGCCUUGGACACCCUGUUUGUCAGGGGCCGCCAUUUCCAGAUAUCUACUUGGGUGAGCACCCAGAAGCUGCGCCUGAUCAGCAACGCGGUGCGGGUCAACGCCCAGUUCUUCAUGGUCUGGCGCCUAAGAAACCAGCUGGAAAAGGACAGCCUGCUGGAAGAGCUCACCGCCCUCGUUCCCAAGCAGCAGCUCCACGCGAUGUACGAGGAGGCUGUGCGGGAGCCCUACAGCUUCCUGUACAUCUACCUUCUGUCGGCGCCCCGCCUGCAGAAGCAAACGAAGACACCGGUUAUGGGAGCCUUCCUCUCGACGUUAGCGACCAAGCUGCUGGGAAGCAGCACCCUGUGCCAAAGUGAGUGCAGCAACGUCAACUGCUGCACCUCCGCUGCUGCUGCCGCGAGGGUCUACGAUCCUUCCAGGCCGCCCUGGAUGCAGAAACCGACGGGGUGGGGGCAGCAAGUCUCCGAUGAGUCCGAGGGCUUGCCGAGACCAUUCACCUACCCAGCAGGAAAGAGGAAAAGACGCAUGACGACCAUUUACGUGGAUUCCCGGAAAAGGGUCGCCGGCACCGACGCCGACUUCGAGUUCGACGUCGGGGAAACGGUCCACCUGCAGAACUCGGCCCGGCUGGGAGUCUUCAAGAUCAGGGUGGCCGACACGUUCUUGAGCACCGACCGGGGCACCUAUCUCUAUUGGAGGGACGCCGCCCUCAACACCCUGAACUGGGCACAGCUGCCCGUGGGCGCCUACACCGGCGUCCGCCUUGCUGCGUGGAUCAGCAGCAACUUUGGCACGGCCGUCUACGGGGAAUCCACCAACGAGAUUGCGGUGGCCUGGGACGGCAACCGAACCAUCCUCAACGACCAAGAGCUGCGGACCCUCUUCCCCAGUUCGGCCAGCUAUCCACCGGGCGCAACGCCCUCCCGGCCCUUGAGCAUCAACCACCUAUUAGGCCCCAGCUUCAUCGAGGGCAGCAACCAGAUGUUCAGCUUCGUCGUCAUGAACCCCUACAACGAGCUGUACCUUCGCUGCUCCAGCCUCGCCAACGCCGCAGACACCGUGGGGCCCCUGGGUCACGACAUCAUCGCCAAGAUCAUUUGCAGCCAGGGGGUAGGCUACAUCAUGCAGUCCAGCACCGACGACAACCACUUGGUCAACAUCCGGGGCCCCAUCACCUUGCGGUACCUCCGCUUCAAACUGACCGAUUUGGACGGCAACGUGGUGAACCUCCGCGGCACGAGCAUCAGCUUCUGCGUGUACUUGGACGGGUGCGGCCCGCACGGAGCUGUUGCCGAAGAAGCCAAGCCUGUGGAAGCGGCUCCUGAGCCUGCUGGCGUCGCAGACGCAAAGCCCGAUGAGCCGGCCCCUGCUGCCGAAGCCGAAGAAGCAGAGCCAAAGCGCGGGCGGGGCAGACCGCCCGGCAGCAAGAACAAACCCAGGGCCAAGGCACAGUCCGCUCCACAAGCUCCUCCCACCGUCCCUGUCGCACCUGCUGUUCCCGCACCCGUCUUGGAGCCAGAGCCAGAGCCAGAGCCAGAACCGACACCCGCUCAAAUGAGAGCCACCCGACAGCUUCUCCGAACGGACCGCUUCGAGGAGAUGCUCAUGCACAAAACCAUGAUGACCAUCGAGCCCCGCAACGAGCCUGCGAUGCUGCGGCAAUUCUGGAAAAGGUACCCCUCUUACAACUUGAACUCGCUGAUGCGAAAGCGCUAUGAGGAGCUCAUGGACGCCAAGGCCUUCAACGAGUGGCUGUCCAACCGCCAGCUCAAGCAGGAAGGGGCGGGCUACGCAGACGCCAUGGGUAGACUCACCGAGGCAGUCAACCACCGGGUUCUCCAGUUGCGGUGGGCGGGGGCCGAACGACGACAGACCCUCCGGGCAGGCGACCAGCUCGUCAGAAACACCAUGGAGUCCGGCGUUGUGCCGGGCUUCGUUCCGCAAGCCGCCCGCCAGACGAGGAAUCCUCCCAGGCGCCCCGACUACGGGGAAGUCCUGGCGUACAUCGACGAAGGGGAACCGCUAAACUUCCCCUUGCCCAACCGCAAGGCCACCAUCUACACGUCGAGCCACUUCUACCUGGACGAAUUCCCUCAGUCCACCGAGCCGCUGGUGGAGACCCCACGCCCGCACACGGACCUGGGAGCUGCCGUGGAGGGCGAAUUUUACAGCGCCGACGAAGACGGCUACCGAGGCAGGGCGUUCCCCCAGGUUCGCCGGCCAAACUUUCUGGGACCCGGCACCGACACCGACACAGAGGACGAGGCCUUCCGACGCAAUGGUUUCGACGGCGCCCCCCGCCCGCCUCCCACGGGACAGGCCUCAAGCAGCGUUUCGGGUCGCCUGGGCAACGCGGGUCUGCAGGCCGCUGAAACGGUCAUUGCAGCUGGUGCGGCUGGUGUAGGAGCUGCUGUGGACUCUUUUGCGCACCGCAACGCCGCCAGAACAGCCGAUGCGUUGGAGCGCAGGUUUUUGCCCCCGCGCACAGGACCCAGCCCACAGACCAUCGGCAGGCCCUCCGAAGCGGAGGAAUUGAUUGUCAGAGCAGGCCAGCGCGCUCAGGAUGUGGAGCGUGCAGCUGCCCAAGAUAUCGAACAGUUUGCCGCAGAGCAGGCGGCAGCAGAGGGCGGGGAGCUGGUGCCUUUGCUAGCAGAAACUGCCGAGAUCGGCACGCAAACGGCAGCGGCUGCCGAAGCGGGAGGGGGCCUGCUGGGUGGGCUGACCGCUUUCGGAGGAGCGGCCAGCGAAGCGGCUGGCGGUGCCGCUGCUGCAGCUUUUCCCAUUGCCGAGGGCUUUGGUAUAGCCACUGGAGUGGCCACGGGUGGCGCCGCUGCAUUGGCAGGCGGAGCAAUUUUGGGUCUCUACGAAGGGGGCAGGUGGUUGCUGGGAGGCAACGGCGGGGACGCCGCCCCAGCGAGCUCGGGCAGCGAAUCGGCCGACGUGCGAACCAUCAACAACAUGCAGCAGGGCACGCCGCAGGAACGCUUUCGCGUCCGACAACCUAGGGUCAGACAGCCGAUGGUCGUGAGCAUCAGCUCUGGGGACGAUGCGCCCCUGGCGCAGCAGCAGGAGCAACCCAGGCCUCAGGUGCAGAGCAGACCGGCGCCUCAACCUCGCAUGCCUUUCGGCUUGAAUCAAGUCGUGUCCAGCAGCGAAAGCGAUAGCUACGGCCCCGUGCGCCAGCGACGCCCACAAAGGGCAGAGCCCUCCUUCAACGACUUGCGGCGGGACGCCUUGAGUCGGGAACCCGAAGCCGCUUGA